UUCUAAGGCACAAAACAAGAAAGUUUCCUCAUUUUCUUUCUUUAUUCUGACUCAUCACUAGUGGCAACACUACUUGUGUUUUCUUCAUUCACCUCUCACUCUCUCUCUUUCUCUUGUACCAACUAUCUCUUUCUUCACACUUUUUCUAUGUCCUGAUAUAGCAAUGGGAACAACUCUCAGCAUUCCUAAAACUGAAAAGUUCUCAGAAGAUGGUGAAAAUGACAAUCUUAGAUAUGGUUUAUCAUCUAUGCAAGGUUGGCGUGCAACAAUGGAAGAUGCACAUGCGGCGCAUCUUGAUGUGGAUUCAUCCACUUCGUUUUUCGGUGUAUAUGAUGGUCAUGGAGGUAAGGCGGUUGCAAAGUUUUGUGCCAAGCACCUUCACCAACAGGUGCUCAAGAGUGAAGAAUACAUAGCUGGAGAUGUUGGAACAUCUCUUACGAAAGCAUUUUUGAGAAUGGAUGAGAUGAUGCGUGGUCAAAGGGGAUGGAGGGAAUUAGCAGUCUUAGGUGAUAAGGUAAAAGGGUUCAAUGGAAUAAUUGAAGGAUUGAUUCGGUCUCCAAGAAGCAAUGAUAAUAAGGACCAAAGUGAUGAUUGGGCCUUUGAGAAGGGGCCUCAUUCAGACUUUGAUGGACCAAAUUCAGGAAGCACUGCUUGUGUUGCAAUCAUUAGAAACAACCUACUUUUUGUUGCGAAUGCUGGUGAUUCACGCUGCGUAAUAUCUAGGAAUGGUCAGGCAUACAAUUUAUCUAGAGAUCACAAACCUGAGCUUGUGAUUGAGAAGGAAAGAAUCUAUAAAGCUGGUGGUUUUAUUCAUGCAGGACGAAUUAAUGGGAGUUUAAAUCUUGCAAGAGCUAUAGGUGACGUGGACUUCAAAAAUAAUAGAUUUCUUUCUGCUGAAAAACAAGUUGUGACCGCCAAUCCAGACAUAAACAUUGUCGACCUUCACGACGAAGAUGAGUUUAUAGUGAUAGCUUGUGAUGGCAUAUGGGAUUGCCUAUCAAGCCAACAAUUGGUAGAUUUUGUACGUCAAGAACUUCUCUUGGAAACCAAACUCUCUGAGGUUUGUGAAAGAGUGCUAGACCGGUGUUUAGCGCCAUCUUUGGCUGUUGGUGAUGGAUGCGAUAACAUGACAAUGAUCUUGGUGCAGUUCAAAAAACCGCUACAAACCAGUGCACCAGCUCAAGAACAAUCAUCUUCAAAUGAACAAGAUGCAUCUGAACCAACUUUGGAGAACAGUUGAAGUUGGCAGUUUUUUGUGUUCCAACACUAAACGCAUACAUGUAUAUUUUAUAGCUGUGGACCUAUGCUUAGAAAAUGCCUCUAGUUGGUAAUUUUCAAUUUUAACUAGCUUUGUAUAAAACAAUUAUUCACCCCUAUUUCAAAAACUAGAAUGUGUUUUGCUUGUUCAAUAAGCGGUUCCAAAGGUCAGUAUUUCUAGUCAUUAGUAUUAACAACAACAAUAUGCAAGCAUUUUGAGGUGUUUAACAGCUUAAGAUUUCAGACGAAA